GUCAGAUCAGCAUCAAAUCCAGGUUGGCUUCAAAAUGAAGACACUUAUUCUGCUUCUUGUCGUUCUGGGUAUCUUUAUGAAUCCAGGCUUUGCGAGUAAUAAUAUCCAGCUCAUAAAUCAGGGAAAUGAUGGGGGAACUGUCUACCAGACAGUGAACAUCAAUUAUGAUGUGAACGUUGCUACAUUCAACAUUUAUUCCGGAGCACACUCCUCCAAUGCAAUCUUCGACUACGACCAUGGUAUAAUUGCUUACCACAUGCCAUACAAGAAGAUAUGUGUUGUUUCCAGAAUGAACAGGGCAACCUUUCCAACUUUAAACCAACUUGAGGAUAUGGUCAAUAAUCAAAGGGACCUGAAUUCCCUCCACAGAAGCUAUGGGAUAUCCCACAACUAUGUCAGAAAUGUAGCUGGACUUGGGGCACCCAUCCAGGCAACAUGUGAAGGACUUUCCACCUACUGGGCUACUGAAUAUGACAGACCACAAAAUUUACUUAGUGGUAUUGGCUGCAUGGGUGUUAAACUCCUCAUUCUGGAUGUGAACCUGUGUGGCAGCCGUAAGCUCUUCUAACCAAGAGACAUAGCAGAAGCUUAUAAUAUUUCAGCCUCACGGCUCACCACUACUUUUACUCAGUCUCAUUCCAGAGAAUGGUUGAUCUCUGGCCCUUCUUUGCAAAGCCUGUGCUGACAUGCAGCCAUAGCAAACACUCCAACUGCGAAUGGGAAUAAAAAUAAAAUGAUGAUUGGAAAAACAUACGGACCAUGGCCAAUACAAUUUCUGACAGCAUCAAUAUCUGGAACAAAGAGUGGAAUCCACAGCUUUACUUGUGAAUGCUCACAGCUUACCGACACCAGAUAUCACAUUUCACACCUGUUCCCUUCUCUGUAAUGAGCUGAACCAACCAACACCCUUGAACGGCCCCUAAUCUGAAUACACCAGGCUGCUGGAGAGUUUGAAAUCUGGAUUGGAAUUUUGUGGCCGGGACCUGUCUCUAGCUGAAAUGACAUGUGUGUUUAUAUGUGUCAGAAAGGAAAGAAGAAAAGUCUGAUAACUCUGCUGUUAGCUUCUACAAAUGCUUUGGAGUAAAGAUUCCAUUAGCUGAUCUUUCAAUCUUUCAAUCAGUCAGCCAGCCUGCCAGGCAGUAUAUCUGUAUCUAUCUAUCCAGGUACUUAUAACAGCAUUCAGUAGCAUAGUAUCUAAGCUCUUUAUUCAGUCCUUAUCUGCCUAAAUUCUUUUGUAGUCUGACUGCAAUUGCACUGA